AUGACAUCUGGCGCUCAGCAAGCCCUUCGACGUACUAUGGAGAUAUUCUCGACUACAACUCGGUUUGCAUUUGCAUGCAAUCAAUCUAAUAAGAUUAUUGAACCUCUACAAUCUCGUUGUGCAAUUCUCAGGUACUCGCGCUUAACAGAUGCCCAGGUUGUGAAGCGGUUGAUGCAGAUAUGUGAAGCCGAGAAAGUUAAAUAUUCCGAUGACGGAAUCGCUGCACUGGUGUUCAGCGCGGAAGGCGAUAUGCGACAGGCAAUCAACAAUUUGCAGAGUACAUGGGCUGGAUUUGGCUUUGUGAGCGGUGAUAAUGUUUUCAGGGUUGUAGAUAGCCCACAUCCAGUCAAAGUGCAGGCAAUGAUCAAAGCAUGCUGGGAAGGAAAGGUUGAUAUUGCCCUGGAUACUCUAAAUGAAUUGUGGUGCGUGUUAUGA